AUGAGGGAGCAGCAGGGAGGAGGUCAGUGUCAUGAGGGAGCAGCAGGGAGGAGGUCAGUGUCAUCAGGGAGCAGCAGGGAGGAGGUCAGUGUCAUGAGGGAGCAGCAGGGAGGAGGUCGGUGUCAUCAGGGAGCAGCAGGGAGGAGGUCGGUGUCAUCAGGGAGCAGCAGGGAGGAGGUCGGUGUCAUGAGGGAGCAGCAGGGAGGAGGUCAGUGUCAUCGGAGCAGCAGGGAGGAGGUCAGUGUCAUGAGGGAGCAGCAGGGAGGAGGUCGGUGUCAUGAGGGAGCAGCAGGGAGGAGGUCAGUGUCAUCAGGGAGCAGCAGGGAGGAGGUUGGUGUCAUCAGGGAGCAGCAGGGAGGAGAUCAGUGUCAUGAGGGAGCAGCAGGGAGGAGGUCAGUGUCAUCAGGGAGCAGCAGGGAGGAGGUCGGUGUCAUCAGGAAGCAGCAGAGAGGAGGUCACUGUCAUCAGGGAGCAGCAGAGAGGAGGUCAGUGUCAUCAGGGACUAGGUCAGUGUCACCAGGGAGCAGCAGGGAGGAGGUCGGUGUCAUCAGGAAGCAGCAGAGAGGAGGUCACUCAUCAGGGAGCAGCAGGGAGGAGGUCAGUGUCAUCAGGGAGCAGCAGGGAGGAGGGAGCAGCAGGGAGGAGGUCGGUGUCAUCAGGAAGCAGCAGAGAGGAGGUCACUCAUCAGGGAGCAGCAGGGAGGAGGUCAGUGUCAUCAGGGAGCAGCAGGGAGGAGGUCACUGUCAUCAAGGAGCAUUAGAGAGGUCACUGUCAUCAGGGAGCAGCAGGGAGGAGGUCGGUGUCAUCAGGAAGCAGCAGAGAGGAGGUCACUGUCAUCAGGGAGCAGCAGAGAGGAGGUCAGUGUCAUCAGGGACUAGGUCAGUGUCACCAGGGAGCAGCAGGGAGGAGGUCGGUGUCAUCAGGAAGCAGCAGAGAGGAGGUCACUCAUCAGGGAGCAGCAGGGAGGAGGUCAGUGUCAUCAGGGAGCAGCAGGGAGGAGGGAGCAGCAGGGAGGAGGUCGGUGUCAUCAGGAAGCAGCAGAGAGGAGGUCACUCAUCAGGGAGCAGCAGGGAGGAGGUCAGUGUCAUCAGGGAGCAGCAGGGAGGAGGGAGCAGCAGGGAGGAGGUCGGUGUCAUCAGGAAGCAGCAGAGAGGAGGUCACUCAUCAGGGAGCAGCAGGGAGGAGGUCAGUGUCAUCAGGGAGCAGCAGGGAGGAGGUCACUGUCAUCAAGGAGCAUUAGAGAGGUCACUGUCAUCAGGGAGCAGCAGGGAGGAGAUCAGGGAGCAGCAGGGUAGGUCAGUGUCAUCAGGGAGCAGCAGGGAGGAGGUCGGUGUCAUCAGGAAACAGCAGGGAGGAGGUCGGUGUCAUCAGGAAGCAGCAGAGAGGUCGUCACUCAUCAGGGAGCAGCAGAGAGGAGGUCAGUGUCAUCAGGGAGCAGCAGGGAGGAGGUCACUGUCAUCAGGGAGUAAGUCACUGUCAUCAGGGAGGAGGUCGGUGUCAUCAGGGAGGAGGUCAGUGUCAUCAGGAAGCAGCAGAGAGGAGGUCACUCAUCAGGGAGCAGCAGGGAGGAGGUCAGUGUCAUCAGGGAGCAGCAGGGAGGAGGUCAGUGUCAUCAGGGAGCAGCAGGGAGGAGGUCAGUGUCAUCAGGGAGCAGCAGGGAGGAGGUCAGUGUCAUCAGGGAGCAGCAGGGAGGAGGUCAGUGUCAUCAGGGAGCAGCAGGGAGGAGGUCAGUGUCAUCAGGGAGGAGCGGGGAGGAGGUCAGUGUCAUCAGGGAGCAGCAGGGAGGAGGAGGAGAAGGCCAAAGCCUACAAGAAGGAGAAGCUAAAAGAGAGAAAGCGACGAGCAGAAGACGACGUGGACCUGGAGGACGAUGACGAGAUGGCGGCCAUCAUGGGCUUCACUGGCUCUGAGCUCAGUGGCUGGGGUCCAGAGAAACUCGCAGACUUCCUCAGGAAGAGGAAACUCCAGGGCUGUGACAGGGCGGUCCUCCUCCACCACAUCACCGGGGAUCGGUUCCUGAACUUAACCAACAGCGACCUGGAUAAAUUCCCCAAAACCUACAAUCCACUGAUCUCGAAGCUGAUCGCUGACAUUCAGAAGCAGAAGAGCGGGAAGCGGCGGUUCUUUGGCUUCGGUCAGUCCAAACCCCUGCAACCAGUGGAAGCAGAGUCAGAAGACAGAGGCUGGGGCCGAGACGAAUUUGAUGACUCGGACGACGACGAUUACACAGAGCCGCUGUCCAGUGAUGAAGAUAAGAGCGAUUACGAAGAGCCCAGUGACGAGUCAGGUCCAGGGCAAGCCCCGAGCCGGACCCAGAGCUGGACCCAGGACCAGAAUUCGGACCAGGACCAGGACUACGAGCCCCCGCCCUCAGAACCAGACGAGCUCGUGCCCAGACGGCCCUGCGGCCCGGUGGCAGAUGACCCGUUCUACAUCGAUGGUCACGUGACUUCCAGAGGCCCGCCCCCCGCACUGUGUCCUCGACCCCCCCAGCGUCCGACAGAGUCCAGACGAGACUCUUCUCCACGACCCAGAGCAUUCCCUGCUCAGCCGCCCCCGAUCUGCAGAGUAAAUAAACCAGGUCGAGAUCCCGGGUCAAACCAGUCUCCGAACAGAGGAGCUCUGAGGAGCACUCAGGAGAAGCCGCUGCCACAGACUUUGAGGUCUCAUCCUGAACCUGAGUCUCAGUCCUUGGCCAGACCUCCGGUCGCCAUAGUUACGAGGAGCAACUCUGGAGCAAGAGUCCCAAUGAACAGCUACAUCAAGUCCAGAGUGAACCAUGAGACGAAGCUGAAGUUGGCUGGAUGA